AAAAAUUCUAUUGGUUACGGUUUUUCAAUCCUUACUUUAUUUUAAACGGCAUAUUUUGUUUUUGUAUUACUAUUUUGACAGAGAGGGAGGAGACAAUUACGGUGGUGGAGGGGAGGACACUGAUGAAGGUGUCGCUCGCGGACUAUGGAGAACCUUCAGCCAAUCAGGGCCACGAUCCUUCACAAAGUGAGCCCGGUGAUCGUGGUGACGGCGAUGAUCAAGGGCACGGCGGAGGCAGUGGUGGCGGUCGGGCUAAAGGACACCGUGGGCGCCGUCGCAAAGGCUAGCUAGAUAAUAUACUGUUCAGUUGAAUGAUCAAUGUACUUCGCACCAUUUUAUUUUUCCUCCCUCGUUUUAGUCACAAAACAGAAUUUGAUAUGAACUGCUCCCUCCCACCGUCCAAGUUUCGCAUUUCGUAUUACGAUCUCUAGUAAUUUCAUAUGUCAACAUAACUCAAAGUAUGUGCUUGCUAUAUAUAUUCUCUUGAAAAUUUUAGGGGUACACAAUAUAUUUAUUGCUUCUGUUAGAGGGGAGAUUAUGGAUUUGUUUGUGUUCAUCAACAAAUAUAUUAUAGCAAAAUUAAAAGCGGCUUUUUAAACAUCUCAAAUUUUCGUAGAACGAGAGUGAGAGUACACAGGUAGAUUUGUUUUCAUAGUUGUUAUUUUAUUUUGUAUAAAAAAGAUAGGGUAAUUAAUAGCAUAAAUUGCCCCUCUACUAUAGUUUUUUUCUCAAACCUGCUCCUCUACUAUGUUUUACGUCGAACUUGCCAUCCUGCUAUUAUCAUAAUAUCAAAUCUACCCUUCUGUUAAUAUUUCCAUCCGGGUGCCGUUAAUGCCAAUUCGAUCGGUCAGAAUCCAAAAAAGGGGACGGGAAAAACCUAAUUUCCCUCCGUUUUGGUUAAUUCUGUCCUUGUAAUUUCCGUCCCCGCCCCAAAGAGGUGGGUCAUCAACUUCCUCUCCUCCGUACUAUGUCUCAAGUGCGAUCGAAAUCGCUCUAUCAUGCCAAUUCUUAAGACUUUUUUAGGGACAUUAUUCAUAAAAGAGUAUUAUAGUAACUCAUAGGAGCAACUUCCUUCACACCAUCCUUUUGAAAUGGGUUUUAUAAGCAAAUUACAAUUUUUUUCCUAAUCUUAAUUAACAGAUGUUAAGAUUUAGUAUGUAAAAUUAAUUUUUUUGCAUAUAAGACCAAAAAAUAUUGAUGAAAAUUUAUAUUUUAUAACACUAAAAAAUUUAUGUGUUACAUUUUAUUGUUUUACAAAAUCAGAAGGAAAACAAAGCAGAAAAGAAAACCUCUAGCUAAUGGCGAGUGGAGUAAGCAGGAGGACGAGGUGUUACACAUGCAAAUUCCCCCUAGAGUUCCUUAGACUCCUAACGUCGAUCUUGGAAACAUACGCAUUGCUUGAUCCUUGUGAUAUCUAUUACUACCUUGUGCUAGGGCAGUCACCGGAUCUGGUAGGCAACAAAGAGUACUCCACGAAUUUCUCCCUUAAGGUGUCCUACGGUUCAAUCGAUUGAACUGUAGGACACCUUAAGGGAGAAAUCCGUGGAGUACGAUUGAACAGUAGGACACCUUAAGGGAGAAAUACGUGGAGUACUCUUUGUUUCCUAUAAGAUGGUUUUGUCCAGUCUUCGCCCUAUGCGACUAGGAUUUAAAGGCAUAAAUCUAUAAGGGAGGUAUGCUACGUGAAGCUCUCAAUCAAUUUGACAAUAGAUAAAACAAAAGAAACAUAAUAAAAAAAUCUUAUAUAUGCCUAAUCAAACGUUACAAAGUCAAGAACCUCUAGGGUUGACCCACCUAUGCAACUAAGGGAACUAGCCGGUCAUGGGGACGAGAUCCAAGGAAUACAUAAGGGGAAUUCCGCUUGGACCUCCGAUCAAUUUGACAAUACAUAACAGAGAUUCGGGGCUUAGACCUCCGAUCAUGGCGUCGAAUUCCGCUUGGCAACCAAUUUUGCUCUAAUUCGGGUGAGUCACUCUAUCAACAAAGUAACGACUCUCUAAUGCCUCUGAUAACACCAAAAUCGGUGUUAUUUACCCUCCAUCUUAGGGUAUGUUUUUGUGCCAAUUCAUGUGCUUAAGCGUUUAAACAUUAUCAAUUACAUCCCUAUUUCGUUCCUAUUUGAUUUUGAUGUGAUUAUAGGGAGUAUUAGUCAAUAUGGGCAAAUUAGGUACAAAACAAGGUCACAAGUGUGGACAAGGAGCAAGGAUCAAAGAUCGUGGCCUAUAAGCCAAAGAUCACGGUCGGGAUCUCCAGUCGUGAAGUCUCUCUGAAGAUUGCGGCCUAGAAGCCAAAGAUCGCAAACUCGAUCUUGGAGCCUCAGGGCGUGAACUUCGCGAGGAAGGAGCCAUGGAUGAGCAGAGACUUUCCCCAGUCGAAUCGUGACCAACAUGCAAAAUGCCCGCGAGGAAGAUUACGGCCGCAACUCAAGGAUCGCGACCGCGAAGUCAGGUCGCAGUCUCCCCCGUCCUUAAGGCCUCGACGACAACGUUUUGAGAUCACGGCCUAGUGACCAAAGAUCACGACCGCGAUCUCACUGUGUCAGGCCGCGAACUUACCCGAAGCUAAGUUGCCUAUAAAUAGAAGACCCCUUCCUCCUUUUCAAGAUAGCUGAUUUUGGGUGAAAUUUCUGGUUCUAGAGAGAGAGAAGAGAGAGAAGCUGAAGGGAGAAGAAGGAGGAGGAGUUAGGAGCAAGGAGGCAUCUUAUACCCCCAAGUCUUCUUCUAUUUCCACCAUGUAUCUUCUUCCCUCCUUUAUGUAGUAUUCCUCUAAGGUACUAGGGGUUCUAAACUCCAAACCCUAGUUUUAGGAUUAAUUAUGUAUGUGUGGAUAUUUUAUGGGUUGACUGAAUGAAUGUGUUUGUCUAGUUGAUUUUUAUUGUCACUCUUUCCUAAAUGAUGACGCUUGGGUAAGUCAUCCUAAUCUUCCCUCUUAGCCUACUUUAUACGGAGUUCUAGGGUUAGACGAGUAGGCGCCAGCUGGCGAAUUUAGGUUAGAUGUGUGAAUGGGGGCCUAUAAUGGUCGAGGAGACCGAACCCCUGCUAUAGGUAGCCUUCCUAGAUGGAACCUGGGAUGAAAUCUCGCUUUGGAUGGUGGAUAGUGUCCAUUGAAAUGAGCCAUAAGCUUAAAGCCCUGAAUACAAUAGCCUAGAUCGAGGUGACUGAAACAUGGGUUUAGGGGAGGCGUACUCGGAGGCAUGUGGAUAACAACGAAGGCCCACGGAAAAGAUCUCACUCACCACAUUCGAUAACCCUAAGUACCUUUUCAUGCAUAGUAUCCCUAAGCUAGGGGGAGGAUUAGUUCCACGAAGUACCUACUUUUAGCUUUGUUCAACCUCUAGACUAGUGUUUCUUCAUAUCCUCCACUCAAAACCUCAAAAACCGAUUACCUAAUUAACAACAAGGUGGGAAGUAGGCUAGGGUACCAGGACCCGAGUAGAGUACGACCUUGAUUACCACUAUACGGAAAUGUCGUCCUAAGAUAAACUUGGCUUAUGAUG